AUGGCUACCCCUAGUGUCCUAGCUUUUGACGCUGAGGGUCGCGCCAUUGAUUUUGAGGUCUGGUUAGACGACCUGCAGCUGUUCUUACAGUGCGAUAGGGCUGACGGCCUUUCUCUCUUUGACCUCACCUCUGGCGCCUCUCCUGCUCCUGGUGCUGAUGCUGAUCCCACUGUCCGCUCUCUGUGGGCCACUCGCGAUGCUGCUGCACGUCUUGCUGUGCGUCGCCACCUCCCUACCUCUGAGCGUGCGCACUUUAGUCAGUACAAGAGUGCUCAGACCUUGUACGACGCUGUAGUUGCGCGCUACUCCUCCCCUGCCACUGCUGCACUGAGCCGUCUCAUGCUUCCCUACCUCUUUCCUGACCUCUCUGCCUUUCCCACUGUCGCUGAUCUCAUUACGCACCUCCGCACUAGUGACACUCGCUACCCCGCCGCCCUUCCUGCUGAGUUCUGCGCUAAGAACCCACCCCCCAUGUACAUCGCUCUCUACUACGUAGUCGCGCGCCUCCCUGACUCCCUUCGCGUCGUCAGGGACCACUUUCUCGCAGUCUGUCCCACCACCCUCACCGUCGACCUCCUCGAGAAGGCCCUCCUUGCAGCGGAGAAGAGCAUAGUCGCUGUAGGUGCUUCUCGUGGUGACCCUCGCACCCCCAUCUUUGAGGGGUGCUCUCCUUCCCCCUUGCUGCCCUCUGUUGCCUCUGCUGCUGCUGCCGACCUGCUUGGUCUUGAGUCGGUCGGCGCGGCGUCUGCCCCUAGUGGGAGACGUCGCUCCAGCAAGGGCAAGGGGGGCAAGGGCGCGGGUGGAGCUGGAGGGGGCGGUGGUGGUGGCGGCGGUGGCGGCGGAGGGAGUGGGGGUGGCGGCGGGACUAGUGGCGGGGGUGGUGGUGGUGGUGGUGGCAGCAGCGGCGGAGACGGUGGUGGUGGUGCCAGCGGUGGUGGUGGAGGCAGCGGCGGAGGUGGAGGCGGCGGAGGUGGAGGCGGUGGAGGCGGCAGCGGAGGAGGCGGUGGUGGUGGAGGAGGUGGAGCUGGUCGGGGUGGUACCCAGCAGCGUAGCGGCGGCGGUGGUGGCCAGCGCUCGCAGCGGCAGCAGCAGCAGCGCUCGCGGGACAUCCCUCCGCCUCAGCAGCUUCGUGAGUGGUACGCUGGGCGUCAGAGAGGUGGGGGUACUGGUCCCUGCACCUACGUUCUUCGUUCCGGUGACCGCGCGAGUGAGCAGUGUGGGGGUGCCCACACCACCCAGCGCUGCUUUGGCCACCUGACGGACGCUUGGCGUCAGCAGUUCCCUGGGGCUAGUGAGAUCCCUCGCUGGGAUGAGCUUCUUAGGGCUGGUGUAGCGAUCUUUGAUCUUGAUUUUGAUGCUAUCCUUGCUGCUAUGUAUGCUGUGACUUAUAGUGAGGAGAAUGAGGGUUACCGGUGUUUCCAGCCCGACCCGGGCAUUGGUACUGCUGCGCUAGGUGCUUGUGAGGCUGCUACUCUAGGUGCCAGUGCGUCUGCGCUCUCAGACCGCACUACCCUUACGCCGCUCGGCCGGCCGGUUGCAGUCUCCCUUGCUGACCCCUCUGGGGGUCCUGUCCUGUCUCACUUCUCCACUGUCCUCCCGUGUCCGGCUGCCCCUUCGGGCACCCUGUCUGGUCUGUACCUUCCCUCGUUCUCUACGAACUUGGUGAGUGGCGCGGACCUGCAGGAUGUGGGGGUUCACCAGUUCACUCCUGCGAGUCAGCGGGUGACCCACUGCACGGAGGCACGCACAGGCCGACACCUGGCCACGUUCUCGCGUCGGCCGGGGUCGUGUCUCUACACCCUGACCGUUGAGUCUCCUCCUGUCCCUGCGUCUGGUCAGGUGGCUGCGUCAGGUCAGGUGCUUGCUGCUGCGUCCCGGUCAGGUCCUGAGUCUGCCCCCUGUUCUUGUCGCGUCCUGUCUCACGAGACUCUCCUGUGGCACCACCGUCUUGGCCACCCCUCCUUGCCCCGUCUUCGGAGCAUGGCUUCCCGUGUCCUUGUCUCUGGUCUUCCCCAGUCUCUCCCUCCUCUCCCCUCCGGGCCAGGACCUUCCUGUGUCCCCUGUGUCGAGGGUCGCCUCCGGGCUACUCCUCACCCCUCCCACUUCCCCCCGACAGAGGCUCCCCUGCAGACGCUUCACAUGGAUGUGUGGGGCACAGCCCCCGUCCGUGGGCAGGGCCAUGAGCGCUACUUCCUGUUGGUGGUUGACGACUACUCGCAUUACACCACAGUCCUCCCCUUGCGCAGCAAGGGUGCGGUCACUGAGGUGCUGAUCGACUGGAUCCGCGAGGCUCGUCUCCAGCUCAGGAAGAGCUUCGGCUCUGACUUCCCUGUUCUGCGUCUGCACUCGGACAGAGGCGGAGAGUUCUCUUCUCGCCUUCUGCGAGACUACUGUCGUGCACGGGGGAUCCGCCAGACCUUCACGCUUCCGGACUCACCACAGCAAAAUGGGAUUGCUGAGCGCCGCAUUGGCAUGGUCAUGGAUGUCGCUCGUACGUCCAUGAUGCAUGCGGCUGCCCCCCAUUUUCUGUGGCCGUUUGCGGUGAGGUACGCGGCGCAUCAGCUCAACCUUCACCCCCGGGUCUCUCGGCCUGCGAUGUCCCCAGCCUUGCUGUGGACGGGGAAGGUUGGCGAUGCGUCUGUGUUCCGUGUCUGGGGAUCUCGGGCGUUUGUCCGGGACUUGUCUGCGGACAAGCUGUCCCCUCGUGCCGCUCCCUGUGUCUUCCUUGGCUUCCCGACUGACGCCCCAGGGUGGCAGUUUUACCACCCCUCCUCUCGUCGUGUUCUGUCCUCCCAGGACGUCACGUUUGACGAGUCAGUCCCCUUCUACCC